AUGGUGACUCUUUCUCUCGGUACUACCACUUUUGCUGAUCAGCAGAGACAAAAACAACAGGAAACACGAGAGUACGGAAGAAAGGCCAUUCCCUUAUUCCAUACUGGUGAUGAUGAUGACGAUGAUGAUAAUAAUGACAACGAUGAUGACGAUGAUUCAGUGAUACAUAAGGACAAAAAAUUGAAAACGACGAAUGAUGGCAAUUCAAUAAAAUUUUUGUCCACUGUUAAGCCUACAGAUAAAAAUAGAGAUGAAAAGGAAAUAAUCAAAUUAGAAAACAUGCCAGCUGAAGUCGAUAUAUCACGUUAUAAUAACAGCACUACCAAUAAGUCCCUAAAGCCCAUUGAACCCAAGAAUCCAAUACUGAUAUUGAAAAAUAAAUUAAAUAAUAAAUAUCUUUUACCGGACAUUACUAGAGAGGAUACUUUAAAUGCUAGAAUGUGCCUGAAAUAUUAUGGUAUAAGACAAUUUUUGGAUAAAUAUUUACCAGACGAACUAAAUUCGUUAUAUUUAUACUUUUUGAUCAAAUUAUUAGGCUUUGAACUUAAAGACACAAUAUUACUCAAGGCAAUAAGCAUGAAUGUGCAACAAAAUUCCACAGAAAUAAAUGUUUCAGAUCUUUCCAGCACACAAAUCGACGAUCCUCUGGACAAGAGGCAGACUGUUCAACUGAUCAAAGAUUUACAGAAAGCUUUUAACAAGAUUCUUGCCACAAGAAUAAGAUUGUUAAGUUUCAACCGAAUUGAAGAUCUUGUCACAAAAUUACAUUCUGCCAGUAAUAUCAUAGUCCUGACUGGUGCAGGGGUAUCAACUUCAUUAGGUAUCCCAGAUUUCAGAUCUUCUGAAGGUUUCUAUUCACAAAUCAAAUAUUUGGGUCUCGAUGACCCACAAGAGGUUUUCAGUUAUGACCAUUUCAUGAGAGAUCCCUCAAUUUUUUAUAGUAUUGCUAAGAUGGUUUUGCCCCCAGAAAACAUGUACUCUCCACUGCAUAGUUUCAUCAAGAUGCUACAUGAUAAAGGAAAAUUAUUAAGAAAUUAUACACAAAAUAUUGAUAAUCUUGAAUCGUAUGCGGGUAUACCACCUGAGAGACUAAUUCAAUGUCACGGUUCAUUUGCAACGGCAUCUUGUGUCACUUGCCAUUUUCAACUACCUGGUGAGAAAAUUUUUAAGAAAAUUAGAAAUGUAGAGGUUCCCUUAUGUCCAUAUUGCUACGAUAGGAGGAAAGAAUACUUCCCAACUAAUGAACCGAAUGCCACCAACAUUUCAAAUGUGCCAAGAUCAUAUGGGGUAAUAAAACCGGACAUAACGUUUUUUGGAGAGGCGUUACCUUCAAAGUUUCAUAAGAGUAUACGCCAUGAUUUAACACAAUGUGACCUUUUAAUCUGUAUCGGAACAAGUUUGAAGGUGGCGCCCGUCUCAGAAAUCGUCAACAUGCUACCUGCCCAUGUUCCUCAAGUCUUGAUAAAUAGAGAUCCAGUGAAACAUACAGAUUUUGAUCUGUCGCUCUUGGGCUACUGUGACGAUAUUGCUUCAGCCAUAACACAAAAAUGUGGCUGGGAUAUUCCUCAUGAAAAAUGGGAGAAAGAACUGAAGACAAAGAAAUUUGAAUACGUUGGAAAUGAAAGAGGUGUAUAUACCUUUGAACAUAAAUAA